AUGGGUAUGGUAUACAGUGAUUCGGACAAUUUCUUUUAUAUUGAUGGCUUUGACACCAGUAAGGCGAAUUGGAUGAGAUAUGUCAAUCCAGCAUACUCCACUGAGAGCCAAAAUCUUGUAGCCUGCCAAGUGAGGCAGCAUAUCUACUUUUACACAAUCAAGCCCGUUUUGCCCAAUGAGGAGCUCCUGGUCUGGUACUGCAGAGAGUUCGCUGAAAGGCUUAACUACCCUUUGACUGGAGCGUUAAUGUUGCAAAAAAUACGACAACAGUUACAACCCGUUAGUGAACAGUUCUUCGUUCCUCAGACAAAUCAUCUCACGCCGACAGAAGGAAGCACCCGGAGCGAUGAGGGUUACCAUAGUAAUGGGUGUCAGGAUGAUCCUUUCACUCCACUAGAUGGAAGCAGUGAUAGCGAUUGUGAUAAUAAUUUCGUUUUGGACUUUAGUGUGAAAACGAAAAGGAAAGAUAAGGAAAAAGAAAACUUAGCUGAGAAAAAUUAUUUUGAUAAUGAAAAGAACGAGUUCCGAAAAGUGAAAAUUAAAAUGUCAAAGACCUAUCUUUAUCGGAAUAAAUCUCCUCCUAAAGAAGUUCCUGACCCCCCACAAUCACAAUACUCAUUACCAACACCUGUCAAUCCCCAAUAUGCCACAAAUCCAAAUUUCCCUGAAGAGCACAAAGUAAGGGAAGUGUCAAGCCUCUCCACAUACGAGGGAAUAGGACAAAGAAUGUCAGGAGAAAGUCCAAAACCACCACCUUCUGGCAUUUUGGAAAAUCUCCUUCUACAAAAAUUUCCUGAGAAAGAAGCCCUUCCUCCAGAACCCUUACAGCGAGAGUACAUUUACCGAGAAUCGCUAAAAGAACCAGUAACUGUGAUUGUGUCCAGUGAGUCGAUGCUCAAGCCAUACUCAAACAAUGAUCCCAUUUACUUUCACAGGAAUAAUUACCCAGUGGUGUCUCCCAGUCAAAGCUUGGAGAUGCACAGCCCUGACUCAACAGACAAAGCUCAUCAGGCAGUCAGUUCUGUUGGUAUACAGCCAACGUAUGCAUUACAGACUCCUAACAACAUCUCACACGUGAACAACAUGAGCCAAAUGUUUUCACCAGCACAUUUUAAAAUGUAUGCUGAUUCUACAGAAAGAGUCCACUCCACGCUUCCAAGCCCUAACGGUACUGAUUACCCGAAAGUCAAUGGUUACCCUAGCUAUCAGUUAUCUUUGACUUCCCUAAUUUCAGAACAUCUGGAUCGUAAAAGUCCAUUAAAUGAAUCGCAUUCACCAUCAUCCAGAGUUUCCAAGAGCCUCAGUAAUGACUUUUCAGACAGUCAUGGAGGACGUGGUUUCCGUUCGUUACCGUAUCCAUUAAAGAAAAAGAACGGUAAAAUGCACUAUGAAUGCAAUGUGUGUUAUAAAACGUUUGGACAGUUAUCAAACUUGAAGGUUCAUCUUAGAACCCACUCUGGUGAGCGUCCAUUUGACUGCAAUAUUUGUGGCAAGACUUUUACCCAGUUGGCCCAUCUUCAGAAGCACCAUCUAGUGCACACAGGAGAGAAACCACACCAGUGUACAGUUUGUAAAAAGCGUUUUAGUAGCACGAGCAAUUUGAAGACCCACCUCAGGCUUCAUAAUGGACAGAAACCCUACACGUGUGACUUGUGUCCAGCCAAGUUCACGCAGUUUGUGCAUCUUAAGCUACAUAAGCGGCUUCAUACCAACGAAAGACCGUAUACGUGUAACACGUGUAAUAAAAAAUAUAUCAGUGCAUCAGGUCUACGAACACAUUGGAAGACUACCACAUGCCAUCCGAAUUCUGUGGAGGACUCCGAUUUUGACUUGAAUAAAAUGUCCAAUUUAGACUAUGAAAUGGUUAAUGUUGAAUCAGAAGCAGAUCUUGAUUCGUCAAAAGAACCACCUUCCAUACCCCAUUCAGUAAAUAUAUCCAUACCUGUUCCAGGUGCACCUCAUAUUUUUGAUUGCUAUAAGCAGUCAGAUCCUUUACAAGACAGACUGAGUGCAAUCAGAGAAGAUGUCGAUCCUAAAAACAUUCCUCUUGCAGAUGAUGAACUUUCUAGAACGAGAUGAUGGACUAUCACCGUGUGUAGCGUCGUGUAUAGAAUCGGCUGCUAAUUUAUUUUUUGUUCCAAAACUGUCUGUGAAAUUAUUACCGUUGGUUUCUAAGUGUUAUUUUUAUUUUACAAUCGGAGAUUUUCACUGUGCCU